GGGCGCCGGCGGUCGCAGGUCCCGCGGGGCGCGCCCGCCGCAGACCCCGCCCCGCUGCGCCCCGCCCCGCCCCGCCCCGCGGCGGCCACUCCAGGGUUCCCCCGGCGCCCGCCCCCGCGCGCCCUGCGCCGCCCGCCCUUCCCGGCCGCCGCCCCGCCUGCCAGGCCUUUAGCGAACAUGGCGCUUGUCCCGUGCCAGGUGCUGCGGGUGGCGAUCCUGCUGUCCUACUGCUCUAUCCUGUGCAACUACAAGGCCAUCGAAAUGCCCUCGCAUCAGACCUACGGCGGGAGCUGGAAAUUCCUGACGUUCAUUGAUCUGGUCAUCCAGGCUGUCUUCUUUGGUAUUUGUGUGCUGACUGAUCUUUCCAGUCUUCUGACUAGAGGAAAUGGGAACCAAGAACAAGAAAGGCAGCUCAAGAAGCUCAUCUCGCUCCGGGACUGGAUGUUAGCUGUGCUGGCCUUUCCUGUCGGGGUUUUCGUUGUAGCGGUGUUCUGGACCAUUUAUGCCUAUGACAGAGAGAUGAUUUAUCCAAAGUUGCUUGAUAAUUUUAUCCCAGGGUGGCUGAAUCACGGAAUGGUCUCCCCCACCCUGCGGGAACCCCAGGACCCAUGGAGGGUUGGAGAUGUGCUUGACCCCUCUACAUCGUGGCAGCACACAACAGUUUUGCCCUUUAUAUUAAUCGAGAUGAGGACAUCACACCAUGCGUAUCCCAGAAGGAAUAGCGGACUCGCCGCCAUAUGUACCUUCUCUGUUGGCUAUAUAUUAUGGGUGUGCUGGGUGCAUCACGUAACUGGGAUGUGGGUGUAUCCUUUCCUGGAACACAUUGGCCCAGGAGCCAGGAUCGUCUUCUUUGGGUUUACAACCAUCUUAAUGAACUUUUUGUACCUGCUGGGAGAAGUUCUGAACAGCUAUAUCUGGGAUACACAGAGAAGUAUGGAAGAAGAGAAAGAGAAGCCUAAAUUGGAAUGAGAUCUAAGUCUAAAUGAAAGAGCUGGAUUGAGCCAUCAUUGAGGACUCGCUACCCCCUGGGCAUUGGCUGUACAGGAGAGGAAGCGGUGAAGAAAGCAGUGGAAUUCACCUCAGCCUCUCUGCCCCAGAGGGGGGGCACCUUUAUAGAGAAAUAUAUAUAAGAAUAGAAUACAAUUAUUUCCAAGACAACUUGCCCUCGUUAUGUUUUAAAGACUUAUUUCCAAAUUCAUUACUGAUAGUAACAUCUUUUUUUUCCUCUUCUAGUUUUUAAAACUAAAAUUGAUCAUUGGUUUUUAAUUUUUGCAAUUGUAAUUCCAUUUAGUCGAGGAAGAAUAAAAUUCGAUUGUGUUUCUUGUUGAGAAAUAUGUAAAAAUCGAAGGUACAGAUGUAAAGCAAGGCGUUCGCAAAUUGAGUCCUGCAGGUGGCUGGGAUACCGACCCUGGACCACAGGGCAGUUCUGGAAGAAAUGUGCCAGGUGUUCCGUUUUGCAAUAAUGUCACCAUUGCCUCAAAUAGGCAAUGUUAGUAAUAAUCACAUCAAUUUAGUCAAAACCCUGAGUGUAUUUGAAUCUCAUGAUUUAAUCUUGUGAAACUUUUCCUAUAUUCAAACAAAGUUGAAUAAAGACCAAGUCACCCCAGUC